AGAAUAUUCUCAACCGAGGUGCAUUCAAAGUUACUGCUCGAAAAUCUGAACUUACAAUCCAUCACAAUGCGUUUAUGUAUUUUAGCGUUGACGUUUACUUACGUGUGUGGGGCAGCGCUCCUGCCUGUGCCCCCCGACCGAGCAUCGGUGUUCCGAGGCAAGGCGGUCCCUGUCGGUCACUUCCCGAGAACCCUUCCAGCCAAGCUUGAACCCAUGCCUGAACCUAAACUUGAAAAUAAACUUGAACCUAUAAUUGAGCCCAAACGUGAUACAAAACUUGGAGCUGAGGGCAAGUUGUUGGAAGAAAUCAAGACUGAUUCUAAGGUAGAGUUGUGGCCUCAGCAAGCCAGCGAAAGUAAAAUAGAGCAGUUGUCCGUUGAUGAAUCUGAUUCCAACGUUGAAUUGCAGUCAGAAAAUGUGAUUGAAGAGGGAAAAGAGCAGCUGCCUGUUAAUGAAAUUGACUCUGUAAUAGAAUCACAGCCUGACCAAACAAUUGAAGCGCAAGAAUCUGACAGUGAGCUGCUGUCGGUUGAUAAAGUAAAGACAAUUGAUGUGAAAAAUUCUGAAAAUUCGUUGCAAUCGGAGGAAGAGUCAAGCUCUGGGAAGGAAUCUGAUGAGGAGUCACUAUCAAAAAAUAUUUCUGAGCAGGAGUUGCAAUUGGAAAAUGAAUCUGUGGAGGAAUCGCUAUUGGGAAAUGAAUCUGUAGAAGAAUCGCAGUCAGAAAACGAAUCGGAGGUAGAAUCGCUAUCUAAAAAUGACUCGCAGGUGGAAUCGCAAUCUGAAAACGACUCGGAGGUAGGAUCGCAAUCUGAAAAUAAACCUGCGGUAGAAUCGGAAUCUGAAAAUGAAUCUGAGGAAUCAGGAGAGUCCAAUACAGACUCCCAGUCUGAUGGCAACAACGAGCACGCGGAUGAGUCUAAAGACAAAACAUUUUCAGCGUCAGAGUCAGACGAAAAACAACAUAAAAGCCUGAGAUUCGUUGAGAAAAUUGCUGAGAAAAUCCAAACUCAUAAGAACGCCGCUGAGAAGGAUGCUGAUAAGACGGCCCUGGUGGACGACGGCGAAGAAGGAGUAGACCAAGAGGACGAAGAUGGAGUAGACCAAGAGAACGACCGAAAUGCAAGUGAUGACGAGGAGGGAAGUGAUAGUGACGAUGAAGAGAGGGAGGAGAGUGAAGCUAAUAGCGACGAUGAAAGCGAUGAUGAAGAAGAUUGAACGACUUAAAAUUCAGAAAUCCCAUUAUUUGCGAGUAUUCUUUUGAUAAAAUAAAACUCUCGUUAUGUGUCAUGUUCUGGGCGGCUAGAACUAAUGAGUAACAGUAAAUGUUUAACGCAUAUAGAGCAGUAAUUACUUUUACUUGCCUUGUGUUUUCUUGAACCCGACUUUUUUUAUAAAUGGCGCAGUGUGUGUUGUGUGCACUUAUAUAGUCUUACUUUUGUGUUCUUUUUUGACGCUCAUGGUCAUUACACUAUAUAUUUGAUUAUAGCAUAGCCUGAUUGAUGGAAAAUUGAUCUUGUUGUAUUAAAUAUGAAAAAUGUCA